ACACUCUUCUGAAAACAUGAAUGUGCUACUGGCCACGAAAAGGUUGGGGACCACUUAGUUAUACCAUGAGAUGGUUUCUGGUAGCAAGCUAUAUUUUAAGAUGAGUUAUGGGCAAAGAUUCUCCCAACCCUGCUGCUCAUUAGGGAGUAAGAUGAUGGGAAGGGAAAGUUACUCAGGACCCAGGUUUCUGAUUCUCAUUUAUACUACUUAUAAUAUUACCCUAUAGCAAAUAAGUUUUAAAAAUUCACAAUAAUACACUUGUAGCUUUUAAAUUACCCAAAGUGAAUCCAUGCAGAUUAGCUCUCUCACUGCCUGCUCUACAUUAAUAAGAAACACUUGCACAGAGUAGUAAGGCCUAGCUCCUUAAAGUUAUUUAGACUCCUACCUUUGAUUGAAAGCAAUGGGUAUUAAGUGCCUUAAGACCUCUGUAGAUCUGGACCAAACUGCUCACAGGAGAGUUCAUCUUCAACUACUAAGAAAUUAACCAAAGGGGUCAAUUGCAAUCAUAUGUGUACAAUUAUUCACUUUCCCAAGAACCCCUGUAUGUUGUCCCACAUACAUUCUAUCCUCAUUGGUCACAGCAGAGAGUACUUCUUUCUCACAGGUUUGCUGAACUGUCAGUCUUCAGCUCCUGACCACCUUCCUCCCCAAAGACAUCACCACAGGUACAUAAAAGCUGUAUCUGACUCCGCUAUGUCUUCUGAGAAGCAAAUAAACGAUUCUUCCUUAGAGAACCAGGAGCAACAGAAUCUCUUGAGGCGGGUGGCCAGUCUGCCCUUGGUCAGCUCUGCCUAUGACAUGGCUGCAACUGCCUACACCUCCACCAAGGAGAGCCACCCCUACCUAAAGUCCUUGUGUGAUGUGGCAGAGAAAGGAGUGAAGACCAUUAGUGAGGCUGCAGCCAGCAGGGCACAGCCAAUUCUGACUUCAUUUGAACCACAGAUUGCAACAGCAAAUGAAUAUGCUAUUAAGGGACUGGACACACUGGAAGAGAAGCUGCCAAGCCUUCAAAUUACAGCAGAUAAGGUUGCUUCAGACCCCAAGGAGCUGGUGCCAUCCAAACUGGAAGCUGCCAGCAGAUUCUCCAGCUUAGUAGAUGUGACCAGAGAAGCUGUGCAAGAGAGUAUGGAGUCCACCAAGUCAGUUAUGACCCACAGUGUGAACACAGUCAUGGGUUCAAGAAUGGGCCAGAUGGCUGCAAGUGGUGUGGCAGCAGUGCUGGAGAAAUCGGAGGAGCUGUUAGAUCAAUAUCUCCCCAUAACAGAUGAGGAACUAGCUGAACUUGCAACAUCUAUAAAGGCGGAUGGAGUGGCUCCUCUCCAGCCUCAAAGUUACUUUGUGCGCUUAGGCUCCCUGUCAAGCAAACUUCGCCACCGUGCCUACCAGCAUUCUCUAGCCAAGAUUAAAAAUACCAGGCAGAGUAUCCAAGAGACUCUCUCCCAGCUUCAUCAAACCAUUGAUCUGAUUGAAUACAUGAAGCAAGGAGUGGAUCAGAAGCUUCAAGAUGGCCAAGAGAAGCUCCACCAAAUGUGGCUGGACUGGAGUAAGAGGCAGACGGGAGGGAGUGAGGACACAGACUUGGUACAACCUGAGCAACUGGAGUCUCAUGCUCUGACAAUGUUUCAGAGCAUUAUCCAGCAGCUGCAGGCAACCUGCCUGACCCUAAUGUCGAGCAUCCAAGGCUUCCCCUCCAACAUCCAGGAUAAGGUGCAGCAGGUUCGCCACAGCACAAAAGAGCUCCAGGCUUCAUUCUCCACAGUCCACUCCUUCCAAGACCUCUCCAGCAGAAUCCUGACCCAGAGCCGCAAACAGAUCACCAAAGCCCAGGGGUACAUGGAUGAGCUGCUAGAAUACAUAGUGCACAACACUCCUCUGUCCUGGCUAGUGGGACCCUUCAUGCUGUCUGGUAAAAUACCAGAUGAAGCCAUGGAACCAUCAGAAUGAAGGUGGGGAAGACUAAAUAGCUUCUGUAAUCAGCUCUGUCAAACUUACUGCAGCUCACUGGUAAAGGACCAAAUUUUUCUUACACUUUUAUAGUGAUUUAACAAAGAAGGUCUGAAAGCUUAAACCUUUGUGCAGCCACCUCCUGACAUUAGAUUGAAUUGUUUUUUUUCUUGUAGGAAAUGAAGCUGCUUGCAGCUCCUGGUUCAAACAUUCUUCACCACAAUCCUGGAGAGGCACUUCCUCCCCUGGAUAGCAUGGGGUAGAACUCCAUCUCACAUCUUGCAUGGGCUGCAUGCUACCUGGGGCUGAGCUAAGAUAAAAACAAUGAUUGGUUGUUUUUUUUUUUUGGCUUUCUAAAUAGCAAUGAUGUCACCAGAAGUAUCUCUCUAAAGUGAGGGUGAAAUAUGAAUGUAAAACAAUACAAACUGCAUACUACACUCCAGGAGCUCAACAACCUACAUCUGGAACACUCCCCACAAUCUUAAAGUGUAGUGGCUAAGAACUAGGUUACUUCUGCUGAAAGCUGUUUUUGCCCUAGUGAAGUAGACUUCUCCAACUUAGAGAAGUUCUUGCUAGAACUCAAGACUUCCUUCUUAAAGCAGGGAGAAAUGGUACUAAAUUCACCUUCAGCUCUAGGUGUCUUAUGUGGAUUGCUGAACAAGUCAUUGACAUAAACCAUGGCCUUUCUUGUGCAUGAAAAUAUAUACUCAGAUGACUGUAACAGUAACCAUACCACACAGGCUAGUGUACUGGUGACUACCUUUACACUUGUUUUUGGUAACUGACUCCUAUUCCCUUGUAACUUCUCCUCAAACUGCUGUAGUAGAGAACUUUUGUCUCUUGUAAAAUAAACAU